CUACUUUCCUCUGAAAACUUGUGACUCUUCUAUCAACCUUUAACCUUGAUGAACUUGUUGAAACGCUUGAAACGUCACUUCUCGCGGAGGAAAGUAAAAAUAUAUAUCGUAUCUGUCACUCAAUAGUUCUUAGGGUUCUUAGGUUAAAUGGUGAAAAUGACUCAAGUCAACGAAGUGAAGAUAAGGCAGAGCUUGACAAAAUAUCAAAAUCCAGACCUCACGCAGCGCGACGUCGUCAAUGUACUCGGACAAUAUUUUGCUCUGCAAUACAAAGUCGAGCCAUACGUUUUCAACGACGGAACUCGCAAGGACUUAUUCAAUCUACAAGGAACGAUACCGGUCACUUACAAAGGAAAUGUCUACAACAUUCCAAUCUGCAUAUGGCUGAUGGACACCCACCCGCACAACGCUCCGAUAUGUUACGUCAAGCCUACGGCAAACAUGAACAUAAAAGUCAGCAUUUUCGUGGAUCAUAAUGGAAAAAUUUAUCUGCCCUACCUUCACGAAUGGGUUCCCAUGAAAUCGGACCUCGUUGGCUUACUUCACAUUAUGAGGGUGACGUUUGGUGACCAGCCUCCGGUUUAUGCCAAACCAGUCCCAGAUUUUAAUCAAAUUCCUAACCCAUAUCCGGUACAACCGUUCAUGCCUACCCCCAGUGGUGGGGCAUCCACCGGUGGAUUCCCGCCCUACCCAACAUCUGGCCAGUACGGACGUGGCAGCAAUGUUUAUCCGCCAUACCCAACAACCGGGUCAUCCGGGUUGCCCUAUCCCAGCUACAGUCCUUAUCCAGGUGGUACGUCGAAUCACCCCUCGGCUGUUUACCCCGGUUCUUACCCUCCACCGUACUCUCCUGCUACACAGCCGGCGCCCCGAACACCGACUGGGGGUGCCGGGAGUACGGACACAAUUUCCGAGGAGCACAUCAGAGAUUCUCUGCUGUCCGCCGUUGGCGACAAAUUGAGGCGUCGUCUGCGUGAGCAAUUAUCUCAGGGAGAGGCGGAAUUGGAGACCCUGAGACGCACGGAGCAGGAACUAGUUACCGGUUCGGCACGCCUGGACGAGCUACUGAACAAACUUAACAAGGAGAAGUCUGAACUGGAGAAAAAUAUAAGUAUACUUCAGGACAAGGAAACCGAACUAGAAAGGGAAAUAGGAAAACUGUCCGACAAUCCAACUAUAGACGUUGACGAAGCUGUCACCACAAUUGCUCCGUUGUUCAAACAAAUGCUGGAUCUGUUUGCGGAGGAAGCUGCGAUCGAAGAUGCAAUUUAUUAUCUCGGCGAAGGACUGCGCAGGGGAGUGAUCGAUUUAGAGGUAUUUUUAAAGCAAGUCAGACAUCUGUCUCGUCGACAGUUCAUGCUGAGAGCACUGAUGCUGCGUUGCAGGCAAAAGGCCGGACUUGCAGGAUGAGUGAAAUAAAUUUUCCCUAUAAGAUAAAUAAACUACUGGCUUUAAAAUGUAAUUAAGAAUCAUAUGUUAUUUCAAUAUUCGAACGGAAAUUAUUUACUACGUAAAAUGUAUAUUACGGAAAUUUAUUGAUAACAUUAUAUCACUGUAUGAAUAGAUCGAGUCAACACUCGGGAUAACACAAUAAAGUGCUGAAGUAAAACCGA